GGCAUAUAAAUAGUUGUGCUAUUCUAAGUGAACUGAAUAAAUGUGAUGCACUGCAUCUGAUAGGAAGAGAUCCAACCACUGCAGGCUGAAAAGAUGUGGUGUUACAGUUUGUUGGUCCUAGUGGGCGUGGCCGUGGGGUGGAGUGUCCAGGUCUCCUGCUACGUCGUCUGUCCGGAUGGAUCGCUUUGCGCAAAUGACAACACCUGCUGCAAGAACUUUUUCGGUGGAUACGGCUGCUGCCCUUUCGCACAGGCGGUGUGCUGCUCCGACAUGAUGCAAUGCUGUCCAAACGGCUGGGAUUGUCACGUCAGCACCCAGACGUGUACGAAGGAGGGCCAUCCACUGCUCCGCUUACCCAUGAGGCAGAAGGUGAUCGCUGGGGGACCGGGCGGCUCCCUCUCUACCCUUCCCACCCUUCCCCUCUCACGCCUCCAGGGGCAGCGGGCUGUUCUGGGUCAGGGAGGAGCUGAAGGCCCGGGGGGUCGGCAGGUCGACUGCGCAGAGGAAGACGACGGCUCCUGCCCCUCGGGCACGGAGUGCUGCAGAGGGGCCGACGGUGGCUGGCUCUGCUGCCCCGUAUCCGCUCAGGACCUCGGGGAGGCUCUCAGCCCCAGAGGGUCCGCCGUACACCCGGCCACUAAGGCAUGGAACAGGAUCCUCGGGCUCAGAGAGAACGAGAUGGAAGGGUCCGAUGGCAUGGGAGGGGUGUACUGUGAUGCGGUAUCCUACUGCCCAUCGGGGACCUCCUGCUGUCAGGGCGCUGCACAUGGCUGGAGCUGCUGCCCUGACCACAUGGGCUAGUGUUGUUCUGACGGGGUUCACUGCUGUGAUUGUGGCUAUGCCUGUGACCCCUCGAACCUGAGAUGCAGGAAGGGAUUCGCUGACGUCCCUUCAGGAGCAAAGAAGGAUGCUAGACCAUACUGAGACACAAAAGCACAUAUUCUCAGCUUCAUGUAUGCAGUCUUAAAUUCAAAUACCAAACCAUAUAGGAAAAGCCUUAUUCUUAAAUGUUCUGUGAGAUUAAUUGUUCCUUAUUUGAUAGACAAUUGUUCAAUAAACUGGCAUUCUAAAAUCAAAAUAUUGUCCU